CGUCUUCCGAGAUCUCGCAUUCCGUCUGAGCGAACCGCUAUACGUUUUAACGUCUAGGACAGACCGCGCAUCGCUUUGAUGUUUUUAUAAUUACAUUGUAGAAUACAAAGCUAUACAAAUCCUAUAAUCUGCCGUAUUAUUUGACACUCACACUAGGGUGUCGUAAUUCAAUUAUUGUUUGAAUAUAAAAGUGUGGUGCCAUUUCUAAUCUUCUCGUAAUUCUUAGGAUUGAACAUUACCGACACAAACUGCGCAGCGCAGCGCAUACGCUCGAGUGAGACGAUAUAUCUCAUAUUCCAUAAGUUUCCACAAAAUCAGCUGAUAACAUUGCAUCGUCGUUACUCGGAGUAUCGGCUCGGAGUUCGAGCGCCUUGUCACAACUCACAGUCAGUCAUGCCGCGAUAGUGAACGCAGAUGGAUGUGUUAAACGGUCCGUCGCUGCGGUUACGCGGCGGCGUCAAUAGCAAUUGUGAAAAUAAAAAACAUGAAUUGAAUCUGUGCACCAGUGUCAUGUCGCCGGAGACGCAGCGGCUCCUGCCUCCGACUACAGAGACUAUUAUGACGAAGCCGUUCCCUAUAAGAGGUGAACGAGCCAACUAUGUGAACAUUCCUCAUGUCAUUGCGAUGGUCGGCCUGCCAGCUCGUGGCAAGACAUACAUAUCUAAGAAACUUUCACGUUACCUCAAUUGGAUAGGAAUUAAUACCAGGGUUUUUAAUCUCGGCGAGUAUAGACGCCACGCGACCACCGCCUACACCAGCCAUGAGUUUUUCCGCGCAGACAACAAGGAGGCGAUGGCGAUACGGCAGCAGUGUGCGCUCGACGCGCUGCACGACGUCUGCGAGUGGCUCGUCAAGGGCGGAGAGGUGGCCGUGUUUGAUGCGACCAACUCGACGAUGGAACGACGGCGUAUGAUCCGCGACAUCGUCGUUCACAAGAUGGGCUUUAAGUUAUUUUUAGUAGAGUCCAUCUGCGACGAUCCAAGGAUCAUUGAACAAAAUAUUAUGGAGGUAAAAGUGAGCAGCCCAGACUACACGAAUAUACAGGAUACAGAUAAUGUUUUAGAUGAUUUCCUUCUAAGAAUAGAACAUUAUAAGGAAAAGUAUGAACCAUUGGACGAAACACUCGAGUCUGACUGCAGCUUUAUGAAGAUAUAUGAUACAGGGGAAAAAGUCGUUGUACAUAAACACGAAGGACACAUACAGAGUAGGAUUGUAUACUAUCUCAUGAACAUACAUAUUGUACCUAGAACUAUUUAUUUGACUAGGCACGGCGAGAGCCUGCACAACCUGGUGGGGCGCAUCGGCGGCGACAGCGAGCUGUCGGCGCGCGGCAAGCAGUACGCCAGCGCGCUGGCCGGAUACAUCGAGCAGCAGAGCAUCCCCGGCCUGCGCGUGUGGACGUCGUGGAUGCGGCGCGCCAUUCAGACCGUCAAGGACGUGCGCGCGCCGCAGGAGCGCUGGAAGGCGCUCAACGAGAUCGACGCCGGCAUCUGUGAAGAGAUGACCUACGCUGAGAUCCAAAGUAAAUACCCGUCCGAUUUCAACGCGCGGGACGCGAAUAAAUUCGCGUACCGUUACCCUCGCGGGGAGAGCUACGAGGAUCUGGUGGCGAGGCUGGAACCAGUCAUCAUGGAGCUGGAGCGGCAGGGCAACGUGCUGGUGGUCUCACACCAGGCUGUCAUGCGCUGCCUGCUCGCGUAUUUCCUUGACAAAUCCGCCGAGGAGCUGCCGUACCUGCACGUGCCGCUGCACACUGUGAUCAAGCUGACACCGGUCGCGUACGGCUGUCGCGAGGAACACAUCAAGCUGUCCGUGGAAGCCGUGGACACGCACCGCCCCAAGCCUUCUGAGGAAGGUGACGACUCAUCUGGCUCAGACGUGAUACCAGCUCCGCCUAUUAAGCCGCCAGUCCCACCCAUACUCAAUGGGGACACCAAUGGAGAAAACAAAGAAAAUUAUAAUAAUUAACACAAGCUACUCUAGCUCAACACCAUAAACAAUAUAGAAGCUUAUAGUAAAAGAAGUUUGACCAAUUGUGAAAUGCGUACAGAUAAAAUAAAACUGUGGUAAAAUAUGGCGUAUGGUCUGUGAGUCGAAUUUGAGACUGAUAAGUGAUUUUAGACUAAUCUUUCAUUUUAUAACCGCAUUAUAAAAUAUAAAAAAAAAUGAAAUUAAAUUUCAUUAUCAUUUCGUCACUCGUAUCUGAAAAUGCGCGGAGUUACACAGUUCAUGUCAAAAGGACAAUACGUAUUAUCUUAUGUACUAAGAUGAAUUUAAAAUAAAGUCCGGCCAAUAUUAGAUGAAAAUCGUCGUGUUUUUUAUACUAUCAACGUAAUAAAUAAAUAAUUGUUGUCUAUGUUUUCUACAUUGUUAAAUUCAUUCAAUUGAUAGAUUUUUUUUUAUAUAAUUUAUUUAAAUCACCAAAUUAGGUAUCAAAUACCGCGAGUUUUUAUGUUUAUUUUCCUACCAAAGAUAACUGACUAUAUUGAGUUUUAGGUACUUUUGGAAUGUGAUUAUUUUUAAUAUUUAUUAUUAUAACUUCAAGACCAAUAAUGUAAUAUAAUGUUUCGUA